ACCGAAAGGCCGAAACCAUUGAAAAUCAGCCUACGAAUUAUAGAAAUUGCAUUCUAACCCAAACUACCUCGAACUGCCAUUUUUGACCCAAAUGCCUAAAUUGAGUUUUCGAAACCCUAAUUCCUCCAAUCACAAUCAGUCAUCAAAUCAAGAGUGAUAGAAAAUCCUCCCAAAUUCCACCUCAAUCUCAUCUUAUCCUCUAACCACCGGCCACCGGUUUCCGUCAGCAUUAUCCUCGAGACUGCCACCGCCGCCGCCAUGGACGGUGUGGAGAUGAAAUGGAAAUUAACAUGCACGCGGCCGUUCCUCCGCCGCAACGCCGCGGUUGCAGAAGCUUAAUGCACCUAUCUCCAUUGUUGAGAGCAUCCUUUUCCAGACAAAAAUCUGUACGCGCAGUGCUAUUUUAGUGAGAGAGAAGAUUAUUUUCGUUAGCUUGUUUAUUUCAAUUGCUUGAUUUUAUUACUAUUUGAGUAUAUAGGAAUAUGGCUAUGCUGCCAAUUCCUUAUGUGAUGCGAUCGCAUGGUCUAAGCGCAGAGGCUUCUGAAUCAUCUAAGUUGUUCACCCGCAGUCGUAGAUGCAAUGUGAUUUUCAAUAAAUUGGUUUUAAAACCGAAAACAGAAUGCCUACAGCUCGUGAAACGUAUCGAGAGGAUUCAUUGCGAUCGUCAAAAUCUGAAAGCAUUGGCCACUUCAAAUGUUUCUGCUGUAAAAACCUCUGAAAAAUUAGCAACAUAUCGGUUUAGGACGGAGUGUGGCGGUCGAUUGAAGGUAGAAGUGAAACAGAGGCCCAAAAACAAAUAUGGAGUUUAUAUUGAAUUGGAGUCAUUGCAGCUUCUUGUGGGUAAGGGAGAGCUAGUCAUGGUCUGGGGGCUUUUCGCAGCUGAUUCAACAAGUUUGAUGCCGUUAGAUUCCCAGCUAUCGAGUGCUGAUGGCCAAUGUGAAACCCGAUUCGUGGGAGGCACUGUUGAGUUGGAUUUUGAGGCGGAUUUAGCGCCAUCCUAUGUAUCUUUUCUACUGAAGAUGGACUCAGAUUCUGAGUCGAAAUUUAUCAGAAACCACAUGAACGUAAAUUUCACAGUGCCAGUAGGUUUUGGUGCUGGACAUCCUUCUCCAUUGGGCGUUUCCUUUCUAAGCGAUGGAUCCGUGAACUUUGCUUUUUUCUCCCGCGAUGUGGAAAGUGUUGCUCUGUGUCUGUAUACAGAAGCAACAGCUGAGAAACCUGCUUUGGAGAUUGAUCUUGACCCGUACAUCAACCGGUCAGGUGAUGUUUGGCAUGCUUUGAUGUAUAGUUCUGUGCCCUUUGUGAGUUAUGGUUAUCGGUGCAGAGGUGGUGUUGGAAACAAAGACCAUCACGUCUUGUUGGAUCCAUACGCAACGGCUAUUGAGGUGCUUGGUUUGAAUCAGCCUAGGAAAUGGCUUGGAAAGUUGUGUGUGGAGCCUGCAUUUGAUUGGAGGGGUGAAGUUCGCCCCAACUUACCGAUGGAGAAGAUGAUUGUGUAUAGACUGAAUGUUGCACGUUUUACCGGAGACAAGUCCAGUAAGUUGUCUGGUGGUAUAGGUGGAAGUUUCUCUGCUUUAUCUGAGAAAUUGCACCAUUUUGAGGAUCUUGGUGUCAAUGCCAUCUUGUUAGAACCAGUUUUCCCUUUUGAUGAGCAAAAUAGUCCCUAUUUUCCCUGCCAUUUCUUUUCUCCUGCAAGCUUGUAUGGACCUUCUGGCGACCCGUUGAAUGUUGCUAAGUCGAUGAAGGAGAUGGUCAAGAAGCUUCACGCCAGAGGAAUCGAGGUUUUGCUUGAAGUUGUCUUCACACAUACAGGUGAAGCUGGAGCACUAAAAGAGAUUGACAGUUCUUAUAAUUGUAACAUUCAAGAAGGAGAAGGAUCAAAGUCUAGAAACGCGUUAAAUUGCAAUCACCCCAUUGCCCAACAACUAAUCUUAGAGAGUCUGCGUUAUUGGGUGACUGAGUUUCAUAUUGAUGGUUUCUGUUUCAUCAAUGCAUCUUCUUUGACUAGAGGUCUCCACGGCAAGUUCCUCUCGCGCCCUCCUGUGGUUGAAGCGAUUGCCCUCGACCCUUUACUUGCAAGAGUCAAGAUAGUUGCAGACUCAUGGGAUCCACAUGACAUGGAGAUGAAGGAAGUGAGGUUUCCUCAUUGGCAGAGAUGGGCAGAGAUCAAUUCAAAGUUCAGCACCGACGUGAAGAAUUUCUUGAGGGGCCGUGGCCUCAUUAGCGAACUUGCUACGCGUCUCUGUGGUAGUGGGGAUCUGUUCUUGGCCGGACGAGGACCUGCAUUCUCCUUCAACUAUGUCACAAGAAACGCGGGGCUCACUCUACUGGACUUGGUCAGCUUCAGCUCUAGCAGUGAACUGGAAUCAGAGUUGAGUUGGAAUUGUGGAGAAGAAGGUGCCACGAACAAAAAGGUUGUGCUUGAGAUGAGGCUUAAGCAAAUCCGUAACCUCCUCUUCACGCUGUUCGUUUCUCUGGGCGUCCCCAUGCUCAACAUGGGAGACGAGUGUGGCCAAUCCACCGGAGGCUCCCCCCAUUAUGCUGACCGGAAACCUCUGGACUGGAACGCUUUGGGUUCAGGGUUCGGUGCUCAGAUCACUCAGUUCGUUUCGUUCCUGAGCUCGCUGAAGAUGAGGCGAGGGGAUCUUCUUCAGCGGAGGAGCUUCUUGGAGGAAGAUAACAUCGAAUGGCAUGGAAAGCAGCAAUUCCCACCGAGAUGGGAUGAUCCAACCUGCAAAUUCUUAGCCAUGACUCUGAAAGCUGAUGCAGGAUUGAGCUAUGGUGACUUGUUUGUCGCCUUCAACGCGGCUGGUCAGCCAGAGAAAGUAGGUCUGCCGCCCCCUGCAGACGAGGAGACGAGUUGGGUUCUUCUGGUGGAUACGGCGCUUCCCUUCCCGGGGUUUUUCAGUGAGGAAGGCCUUGUUGGAUUUGACGGGAAUGAGGCAGUGACAUAUGAGAUGAAGUCUCAUAGUUGCGUAUUGUUUGAAGCUCGGAGGUUGAGCUUGUCUUGAGCUCUAUACAAUAUAUAUAUUUAUUCUAUAAGGGCUGUGUAUACAUAAUCCCUAUUUCUUACCUCGCUGCUGCAAAUAAGGUUUGAUCUGAUGAUUUUCUCAGUUGAUGCCAGGAUUCUUUCAGUCAUACAUGGGAAAUUUCGAAUUUCGUGGGAUGCUGUCAAAAUAAAUGUAUGCUGUGGGUUCAUAUUCAUUUGGACUUUGGACUCUAUUAUUUAUUUAUUUAUUGGAAUUCAUUUGCUUCCUACUA